GGUUUCUUUGUGAGGGGAAAAUAUUUUGGCUAUGGCGGACGGGGAGGAAGGCGCCGGGCUCGAGGACUGGACCGAUCCCUCGAUCGCGUCUUCCGCGGAGGUCAGCGAUGCCGGACUGCUGCAGCGCGCCUGGCGCAACGAGAAGCUCUCGCCUGAGCUUCUGCCAUUCCAGGGCGAGCUCGUGGAGCGCGUCAAGGAGCAGAUUCUUCUCGAGGAGGAAAACCUCGCGGCUUUUGUCGAAGAAUCUUGUGACGAGCUUACUGUGUCGCUCUACCGGAUGGAUUUGGACCGGACGCUCUUUAUGCUGCGAUCUUAUUUGCGAGCACGGCUACUCAAGAUUGAGAAGUUUGCUCUCCAUAUACUGACUGUACCGGAGAUUUGGGAGAGGUUGUCGAGCCAAGAACAAGACUAUGCUCAGAGGUUCGCCGACACGCUGCAAGCUCAUUUUGAUUCUUCUGUCCUGAAUAAGCUCCCGGAAGGAUACAAGUCGAUGCUAAAACAGGCAAACUCGAGUAACGAAAAUGAUAUGAUUGUUGAGCCUCCUCUCGACAGUUUCGUAUUCUGCAAAUGCCGGAGACCUAUAAGUGCGUUUCAACUAGAUGACAAGGGCGAAAGUAUAGUGGAUAUGGAGAAUGGGGACUUGUACAUCUUCAACUACAAGCCAAUCAAGCGGCUCUUGGAGACGGACAGGAUAGAGCUCUUCUAGAAAAAAAGCAGGAGAAGUUGCUGUUUCAAACGUUGCCGUCCAAGAGCAACAAGAAAGAAAAAUUGAGUUGGAAUUUUUCGGAGCCCUUCGUGCGCGGACAAAGACAAGCCCCACCGCAGCAGUUGCUUUUUCGGAGUCCAAUGAAAAGAAUGGGGGCCCCUUGAGACCCGCUGACCAUGGUUUCAUUUUCAGAUUCAAAGUAAUGUACAAGCCAAGCCGCUAAGUUAAAGAGACUUUGAGCGUAUAUGAGGUACCUUUCAGUGUGUCCAUGUCUGUCUUUUAUUUCGCGGCUUCCAAGACGAAGCUCGAAUCAAACAAGGGAGGGGACAAGCUAUUUGAUCGUGCCGCUCCCGAUUAGAUUAGCAGGAGGCGCCCGCAAGCUCGGCCUAAAUUCCCGGUUUGACUCUACACUCUUGAAGAGUGAAGGAGAAAAGAUGUAACUUGUUCCACUCGGUUGGGUGUCAUGGCGCUAGCUGGCCGGUUCCAUAUCCUGUUCGCAGCUCCCGAAAGGAGAGAAAGAGAGUGCAAGCUCCAUCUCUGGGACUUUCACGGGUGGCAUGCGCGCUUUUGCCAGGCGAUAGAGAACCAGGUGGACGGGGGAAAUGAUAUCUCAUUCGAUUCCAGCGUCCCAGCGAUCCAGCUUCCCUCGGUGACCGUGACAACAGGGUCGAUCCUCCACAGUAUGCUGUGCCCUGGCACAGUGAAGAUUCAUCCAAGCGCGUUUUGGGAAGAUUAUUCACUCACUCGAUUAAUUGGUCUUCCGGGUGGAGUGGAGAAAAGUGGAGUGGAGAUAUUUGGCCAAAGUUCUUCAUAGCUUCUCCUUUAUGCUUGAAUUGGCGAUGGAUGUUUCUUACAGUGGAUGUGCUUUUGGUCCACAGCACCAUUACAAACUGUCGUUCUUGGAAUGUCACAUUGUAGAAAAUAAAAUGGAAAAAUAAAAAAUCUCUUGUUUUGUU